AUGGAGGCUACUCAGGAACACAUCAGUGUCGGAUGCAACAGACUCACUCAGGCGCUCGCCUGGGGUGCCGACGGACUCGCCGCAUUUGGAGCCCAUCACUCCGUCGCUCUCUACUACCCUAUGGGACAUACAAACCGCGUCAACUGCGUCGCAUUCCUCAACCGCGGCCACGAGCUCGCACAGAAAAACGUCGCUAUUGUCUCUGGAUCUGCUGACAAGACUGCUCGUGUCUGGAAGAAAAAGUCUACAGGAACAGGAGAGAAGGAGGAGGACAAAUGGGUGUGCUCUGCGGUGUUGGAGGGUCAUACGGGAUCAGUGGUUACCAUUGGAGUUAUGAGGGCCAGGAGUAUUCCGGAGCAGAAGGAUCUGUUUGCGACAGGGUCGGGGGAUGGGACUAUUAAGGUCUGGGAACGUACUGAGGUUGAUGAAGUUACAGACAAAGUGGAGUGCGUACAGACGAUUCAGGUGGGCAAGAAGUACGCCCAGUCAAUUGCUAUCUCUUUUCUGCCCAAUACCUCUGUCCCCGUCAUGGCCGUCGGCAGCACAGACAACCGGAUCAGCAUAUAUGUCAUGCAAUCCAAGCAGUUUGACAAAGUGUUGUCGCUGCAGGGACACGACAACUGGGUCCGCUCUCUGGAUUUCGCAACAUUCACCAAGGACUCGACAGACGACGAUACCAAGCAGCAGCAAAAGGAAACUGAUGGAAAGAACGCAUCGCACCAUCACACAUUGCAGGACGGUGAUCUGUUGUUGGCUUCGGGAUCUCAGGACAAGUAUAUUCGUAUCUGGAGGAUAUCUGCAGUUAUGGAUUCACCACAGCAGGUGUCUGCGGAGGACGCUACCGUCCAGGCUGGGUCUGAGGCUGCCUUGACCCAAGAUAUGUUGAAGAGUCUUGAGGAAAUGUCAAAGUCGGGAACACAGUUGAGCACAAAGGCACAUAUCAUCGACGUUGCAAUGGACACACCAUCAUCAACCACAAAACGCUUCUCGGUCAUCUUCGAAGCCCUCCUCCUAGGCCACGACGACUGGGUCUACACCAUCAAUUGGCAACCCGCAACCUUGCAAAACGGCGUCUACCACCAACCCAUGUGUCUCCUCUCGGCAUCGACCGAUAAGAGUAUGAUGAUCUGGCGCCCUGACGAGUCCACAGGGGUGUGGGUUAAUAAUACCCAGGUCGGUGAGGUUGGUGGAAACACGAUUGGGUUCUAUGGAGGGCUUUUUGGGCCUGAUGGACGGUGGAUUCUGGCGUAUGGAUAUAAUGGUGCUUUUCAUAUUUGGAAGAACGAGGGCAAUGAGAUUGGAGAUAAGUGGGCGCCACAGGUGCCGGCAAGUGGACACUACGCCUCAGUUCAGGACUUAACCUGGGACCCCACACAAUCCUACCUAAUCUCCGUCUCACUCGACCAAACCGCCCGUCUCUACUCCCCCUGGCGCCACACCGAUACCGUCACAGGAACCCCCGUCUCCACAUGGCACGAGAUUGCUCGCCCCCAGAUCCAUGGAUACGACGCUCAGUGUAUUGCCUUUACGGACAAAUGGACUUUUGUGAGUGGCUCGGAUGAGAAGGUUCUGAGAGUCUUUGAUGCCCCCCAGACGUUCGUUCGGUCUUUGGCGCAGUUGAGUGGUGAUAUUAGUAUCCUGGCGGAGGAGAGCGAGAGGCCGGUGGGGGCUAAUUUGCCGGCGCUGGGGUUGUCGAAUAAGGCGGUGUUUGAGGGCGAUAUCUCGGCAAUGGUUGAAGCCCAGGAGUCGGAGGAUUACCUUUCCCAGCAGGCUUUUGUCUCUACUGGUGCUACACCUACUUCUUUAGUUGAGACCAUGAGCCAGCCUCCGUUCGAGGAACACUUGUUACAACAUACGUUGUGGCCCGAGGUCGAGAAGUUGUUUGGACAUGGAUAUGAGCUCAUGUGUGUCGAUGGGUCUCACGAUCAUCGGUGGGUCGCUUCUGCGUGCAAGGCUCAUACGCCAGAUCAGGCGGGGGUGAGGCUUUUUGAUGCUAGGAAGGGGUGGAAGCAGACGCCGAAUCCCUUGACGUCGCAUACACUGACGGUGACCAAGGUCAAGUUCUCGCAUGAUGAUCGGUUCUUGUUGAGUAUUUCGCGUGAUCGACUUUGGUCCUUGUUUGAGCGCGUCGAGGAUCCUGAGGCGGCGGACCCAUACAAGUUGGUAGCGAGCAACAAGGCACACGCCCGCAUUCUUUGGGACUGCUCCUGGUCCCACGACGACUCCCUUUUCGCCACCGCGUCCCGCGACAAGACCAUCAAGAUCUGGAAAUCUGCAUCCGAGACCCGUGCCGCCGGUUCCCCCUGGACCGCCAUCGCGACCAUCAAGUUGCCCGAGGCCGUUACGGCUGUCGAGUUUGCGCCAAGGUUGGAGGGUAGAGAGGAGGAGGAGGAGCAUGUGUUGGCGGCUGGGUUGGAGGAUGGACGGGUGUUUUUGUUUAGAUGCGACGCUGCAAAGCCCGAGACUUGGGUCGCUCUUGGAGAGAUCUCGCGCGAGUUGACGCAUGUAGGUACGGUGAACGGCCUGUCGUGGCGCGUGACAAAGGGCGAUACCCGUCAAUGGCAACUGGCCUCCUGUGGAGUCGACCACUCUGUGCGGCUUUUCAACAUUACCCUCAAGUAA